CCCGGCAUCCCCUAUGAGCGGCGUCUUCUCAUCAUGGCGGACCCGCGGGACAAGGCGCUGCAGGACUACCGCAAGAAGCUGCUGGAGCACAAGGAGAUCGACGGGCGCCUCAAGGAGUUAAGGGAACAGCUUAAAGAGCUCACUAAGCAAUACGAAAAGUCUGAAAAUGACCUGAAGGCUUUACAGAGUGUCGGACAGAUUGUGGGUGAGGUACUUAAACAACUAACAGAAGAAAAAUUCAUUGUGAAAGCUACAAAUGGACCAAGAUACGUUGUGGGGUGUCGUCGUCAGCUGGACAAAAGUAAAUUGAAGCCUGGAACCAGAGUUGCUCUGGAUAUGACAACGCUAACAAUCAUGAGGUAUUUGCCAAGAGAGGUAGAUCCAUUGGUAUAUAACAUGUCUCAUGAGGACCCUGGGAAUGUUUCUUAUUCGGAGAUUGGAGGGCUCUCGGAACAAAUCAGGGAAUUAAGAGAGGUAAUAGAGCUGCCUCUCACAAAUCCCGAAUUAUUCCAGCGCGUAGGAAUCAUACCCCCAAAGGGUUGCUUGCUAUAUGGCCCACCAGGAACGGGAAAGACACUCUUAGCAAGAGCCGUGGCCAGCCAGCUGGAUUGCAAUUUCUUAAAGGUCGUGUCUAGUUCUAUUGUAGACAAGUAUAUUGGCGAAAGCGCUCGCCUGAUCAGAGAAAUGUUCAACUAUGCCAGAGAUCACCAACCCUGCAUCAUUUUCAUGGAUGAAAUUGAUGCUAUUGGUGGCCGCCGAUUUUCUGAGGGUACUUCAGCUGAUAGAGAGAUUCAGAGAACACUAAUGGAGUUGCUGAAUCAGAUGGAUGGCUUUGAUACUCUGCAUAGAGUUAAAAUGAUCAUGGCUACAAACAGACCAGACACCCUGGAUCCUGCUCUGUUGCGUCCGGGAAGAUUAGAUAGAAAAAUACACAUUGAUCUACCAAAUGAACAAGCAAGAUUAGAUAUUUUGAAGAUUCAUGCGGGGCCCAUCACCAAACAUGGCGAAAUAGAUUAUGAAGCAAUUGUGAAGCUUUCAGAUGGCUUUAACGGAGCAGAUCUGAGAAAUGUUUGCACUGAAGCAGGUAUGUUUGCAAUUCGCGCCGAUCAUGAUUUUGUAGUACAAGAGGAUUUCAUGAAAGCGGUCAGGAAAGUGGCCGAUUCUAAGAAGUUAGAAUCUAAACUGGACUACAAACCUGUCUAAAUUGCCGAGUAGUUUGUAAUGACUGACUGCAUGAAAGAUGGUGACAAUGUAAAAAUAAAGUCGGGGAAAAAAAAAAAUCAUGUAUGUAUUGGCUGUGAUAUCAUUGAAAAAAUGUCCGUAUGACAUCGUAAAUUAGUAACUCAAUAACUCUAGUUUCCAAAUUAGUACAGAAGGACCUCUGUACGUUUGUAAACGUUGCAUUUGUUGCAGCACAAGAUGAGUGUAUUAAUGGUUUUUUGAAACAUUUACUACGUGAGCAAUUUAUAAGACACCGAAGCGGUUUGAAAUAGAUCUUGAGUGCAUUCUUAUUACUUUUAUAUCAUUUAAUUUGCUUUCCUCACCCAAAUAAAAUUUGUUGACUCCGUUCUCCUACA